GCCGCGAUUGCGGUGCCGCGGGCAGCACGGCCCUGCCCGGCGGGGACCGGGGCCCGGGAGGGGUCCGGGGGGGGCACGGACGGGGGAAGCCCCGCCAAGACACGGCGGCCCCGGGGCCGCCCCGACUGAUUUCCCGGUGCGGCCGCGGGGCACACGGGGAACACUGAGGGGGACACUGGGGAACGCGGCGAUCGGUGACAUCGAGGGGACACACACCGGAGAGGCACCGCCGGGCUCCGGGGAGUCCCGCCCCGCUCCGCCCGGGCUCCCCGGUGCUCUCGGCGGGGCGGGGCGGCCCAGGUGCAGCGGGCGGGGGGUCCCGGUCUCGGUCUCCAUCCCGUCCCGGUCCCGGUGCCGCCGCGGUGUCCCGGGCGCGGCACCGCCAGGAACUGCCCCGGGUUUUCCUACCCGUCCCGUCCCGUCUCAGCGCAGCGCGGAGCCGGGCGCGGCGGGGCGCAGCUCGGGGACCCCGGCCCGGUAUCGGUUCUGCUUUCGAGGGAGGCGGCGAUUUCGCAGUAACGGGGGGCGGGUGCCACCUGCCCCGGGGAUUCCCCACCUGCCGACGCCCCAUAAGAGCCCGGUGGCUGCGCCGGUAGCGGCACCGACCGGCCAUGGCCCCGCUCCGCCGCCUCUACCUCCGCCUCUGCCUCUGCCUCCCGCUGCUGCUGCUGCCGCCCGCGGCCCCGGCCCCGGUCACGACGCCCCGCACCGACUGGGCCGCCUGCAGGAGCCUCUCCCGGGAGCUGUCGCGGCUAGUGGCGACCCUGAAGGAGCCGCACCGGGUCCUGGAGGAGACGCACCUGAGUGAGGAGGACCCCAAGAACUGGCCCCCCCGGAUCCGCUGCAGCGAUGCCUGUGACCCCCACACGCUGGACACCAACAACACGCGCUGCCUGCGACGGAUCCUUCAGGGGCUGCAACACUACCGGGACCUGCUGGGCUCCGACAUCUUCACCGCCCGGCCGCUGCCCGGGCUGCAGGCUGUGCUGGACCAGCUGCUGGGCCUGGUGCAGGAGGAGCACGGACGCCCCCCCCAGCCCCCCCUGGCCCCCAGCGAGGCCUGGGCUCACCCGCUGCUCCAGCGCCUGGCACUCCAGCGGCUCCAGUCCUUCGCUGCCAUCAUGAGCCGCGUCUUCACCCACAGCGCCAGCGCCCGCUGACCGGGCCCUGCCGCGGCCCCCCCCGACUAUUUAUUCCCCUCUGUCCCGAGGGGCUAUUUAUGUGCGAUGCUCCGUAUUUAUCUCGGGUAUUUAUGGGUUUCUAAUAAAGGGCUGAAGGAGAUGAGCGGCUCCCCGUGUAUGGCAUAGCCCAGGUCUGCCGGCGAGCAGAACAGGCAGCGCAUGCAGCUGGGAGGGGAAGAGGUUU